AAUGAAGCCACGCACCUGUUAGCGAGAUAUUGUCACCACGUACUUGCACACUAUUUGUUGUAACAAUAAGAGACCUAGUUAUUCAAUCCAAGAAAGGCUCAAUGUCAGCCUGUUUGCUUACUUGAAAUCACGAAUAUUCGUUGAGUAUCAGAAAAUUAAUUUGGAUUACCUUUAGAUAAAUAUCACACGCAUGGCACUGGCAAAUGAUAGAACCGACACAAAGGUAACUUUGGUCCAUGAUGUGAAAGAAGAAGAGACAAACAAAAAUGUCAGUAAAAGACGCGUGCGAAAAGUUUACACAGAAAAUGAGCUUAGUUUUUUGUGCGAAUACUGCAAUCGCGGAUAUGCAUCGGACCACGCGAGGAACCAGCAUAUACGACUGAAACACGUUGGAACUGCACCACAAUCUCGGCCUCGUACUAGGAUUGUGUACCUGCCGAAAAAUGCUGCUAUCGUGUAUUCGGCGAUCACUCCGAAUACCUUGAGGCCAUUGGCGUCCGCGACUUAUGUCUAUGGUGGACAACCAGAGUACAGAAGGUUUGGACAGGCCAAUUCUGUGGCGAAGAGACUUAUUUCCAGCAUCAAAUGUAAUCGGGGUCAACCGCAGCAUGUCAGAGCAUCGAUGCUGUCUCAAGCAAUGCCCUGGAGGCAGACGGUGCACCAAUUCACCGCGAAGAAACCUAUGUCCACUUCAACGAAGACAGUUGUUGGUACAAAGGAGGACGUCACGACCUCGAAUGUAAAUUCAGCUACGUCCAUCACGACUCUGAGUCACGAAGAAAAUGAUUUGGAGAGCAAGUCUAGACCCACUGCCAGUGAAGAAAGCAGCCAUACUGAUCGCAAAGUGGGAGAAAGGAGCCGAGUCUCUGUGACGAAGAAGAGAAAUUAUAUCGUCCCCGAUAUUGGUAGGAGUUUUAGUAGCGGAAACAGUAGUGGAAGCGCUGUCACAGCAAAGCCAUCUCCAGUAAUUGGGAAGAAAGGUUCUCGGGUACAACAAUUGGGUUCGAAAUUACUCGGAGCCUGCGAUUCGGCCAAGAAGCUGCAGGAUCGUGACGAGGAUGAGAGUUUCACGAUAUCAGAAAAGGCACCGAUAUCAGAUACACAUAACAAAGUUACACGUGUACACUCUUAUACUCAGAAGGUAGGCCCUAGAAAGAGUAUAUCAGAGCACAACAAAGAAAAGAGUAGUAAAGGCAGGAAGCAGUCGGCAGCAAGUACCCGUACGGACGCUCACUCACUUGUAGUAAAAUCUCUGCUCGCACAGGAGAAACAUAAUGGGCAUAAAGAGCGUAGUACACUUUCAGAUCGGGCCGACGAAAGUCCUACAGAUUUACGUGCCCAGAAGAGUGCCUGUGCAUAUGCUUUGGACUCUAUAUCGAGUCCGAAGUUGAAUUGUGAAGAUAGGGAGUGCAAGAAGUUAUUGGCUGCGAAGAACGUUUCUUAUGACGAAGCAAUCGAAAUGCAAACGUCUCAGGCGGAAGAUGGCGAGGAGAUGGACGAGAGAACGAGUUCAGACAACGAGACAGGUCUGCGAGAUUGUAAUCGAAACAUCGAUCAGUUCCAAACUGCGAAGUCCGAUGACAGUUCUAGCAUGAGAAACUUUUUAGAGUACAGUACUGGCAGUACUGGGACAGGACACGCCGGUUCUUCGGAAGAGAACAACGUGAAUGAACAAAGUCUUGAGAUGGACACCUCGGGGUCAGAUAGACAAAACCCUGAGAUGGAGACUUCAGGUUCGGAUAGUGGGGGUUCGGAAUCGGGUAAUAAUAUGGGAGACUCAGAUACGGGCUCCGAUACAACAACAGAUAAUGCUAUGAUUACAAAGAAUGGACAAAUGGCACAGCGCAAUAACGAUGGUGUCGCAACGGAUACGAGUAGCAUGUCCAUAACGGUCAACUCGAGCCAAUCCAGUGAAGGUGGUACUACGGAUCAGACUAAGAAUAACAUGCAGUCGGAAGACGGUAAACGUUUGGGCUCUGCAGACGCCACGAUAAACAGCAGUGAGAUCAACGAUUCCGAGUACGAAUUUGGUCUAGAGUUGUAUGCCGGACUAUUGAGGGCUGACGCGGCUUCAUUCAUCACGGAAUAUCCGUACAAGGUCAAGCUCGAAAUGGAAAUUUCGGGGUCAGACGGUGCGUCAGAUUCGGGGACAACUCCAGUCGAGCCAGAUUCUGGCAAUAGUGCCCAACAUAAUGCUGAUGGUGUGUCAACACGGCAGCCACAGUCACAGUCAGUCGAUAGAAGUGAUGUCAAGGGGAAUGAGGGGACAGACAAUAUCGGGUACUUCCUCCUGAAUAUGGAGACGACGAAUGAUUUUAAUGAGACUGACAUAGACUUAGAUAUAUUCGAAACCCUGGCGCAGUCUUUACCAAGAUGCACAUCUGCUGCAAGACAGCGACCUAAACCACAAAGACUGGCAGCUCCAGAAGCUCGCUCACGCCGCGCAAACGCCAAUGCAGGCAUGGGGCAAAGUAGGCCCAGUCCCUCUCCUGUCCUGGAACACCCAUCGAUGACGGAUAAAUGCAUAUGGGAGGUAAGUACGCUAGAAGCGAGGAAUGGUAAGCCAGUCUUCCAUAGUAUGCAUAAAGCAAUACGAGGUCGAGUCAGCAGCGGGGCUGAGACCGAGUCGACAAGUGCUACCACGCCUUACAGCGACAGUAGCCAACUCAACGCAACAGAUUCCGGGAAUGGCAGCGCCUAUCAUAGUACUCAGGUUUACGACAUCGAGCACAGUAAACACCAGCAUCCUCAUCACCAACGGAAGAGGCGUGGUUUACGAGAGCAGGGGGCGGGUACAUGCGAUAUGGCCUCGGCAUCCAUGUCGCAGACCCAGCGAUCUCAUGUGCACACGCAGUUCGAUACAUCCAUGAUGAAUACCCGCAAGUCUACGCCUCAGGAAGCAACCGGGAGACUCUCUAGCGGUCCGGGGUGUUGUGACGGUGCCUGUUUCCCGGCCUUGAACGAGUAUGGUGUUCAGAUGUUUGCAUCGGGAAAUGCAAUCGGAAGGGUUCGCAACAACUGCUCUCAAUGGCCACAGAGCGGUGACUAUAUACCGCACACUCUGGACACCACCGUGAGGAAGAGCAAGGGCGCGCAUACUAAUACAAAUAUUAAUUUUGACGGUACAUACAACCCGAGGAUGGUGGGUAAAACCAAUUUCGCCUCGAACAGCAGCUACAACAAUGCGAGACGCUCUGAUCCCAUGAAUACAGGUGCGCAAGAGGACUGUUACAACCCUAACACCGAUCCCAAUCGCGAUUCGAGGUUCAACCAUGCGUAUGCUUACAGUGCAGGUGGUCAGAAUAGAAGCUCCUCGUUUGGACCCGGGACCGGAUCAAGCCCGCUCGAAUGCACAUGCUGCCGUAGUUGUAGUAAGCAAGCGGUCGAAGUCUAUGUAUCGUCGUGUGACGGCCAAUCGGCCCCAGAUACUGAUGCACAUGGUGCGCAAGUAUCACAUACCGGGUCUGCGAGGUCGGCGUCGGGGCUACCGGUUCCAGAUGCGUAUUAUCUGGACACAGAACAGAUCCAGAUCAUGAGUGAGGCGCAGUCACGCAACAAGCAGGAGCAGAACGAGGACGCCAGACUACGACCCAGUGUAAGUGGAAGUGAUCCCAUGCACUCUGAUUAUCUCCGUGAUAUCAUUAACUUAGUGCCCGAAGCCCAGGGCGAUGUGAGAGCCUGUACGCGGGAGUCUGAUAUGGACUUGGAGAAGCAUCGAGGUUCCUAUGCGGUAGUUGAUACUAUGACGCCUGUCCGUGGUCUGGCGAGCUGGGACGGAAAUACUACAGGGGUGAGUCAGACUCCGAGCUUCAAUCCUCGCACGUACACUAAUUUCGAUGCAAGUGCGUAUCCGGAUGAAGUCUAUCGAUUGAUGAUGGAUAGUACAUAUACCGACGAGAGCGCGAUUGGUGAUACCAAUCUAUUGACCAACUUUGUAGAUGACGAGUUGGCGAAGGGUACUGGUGCACCCCGGUCUGAAAACCCAGCCACAAUCACUAAGGAGCUCCUGUCUUUUCUGGACCACCUCCUAUCGGACAGCAAUCCAACGCAGCAUUUAGUUACUGAGGCCGGCGAAGGCAGACGGCCUCAGCCAAGGGGCAGUGGGUCGCUGAACGAGGCACAGAAUGUCUUCGUGAAUAGUACAACUGGCACCAACUGCACCCGAAAUGCUGAGCGCGAUGACCGACAACCCGACCGACCGACUAAGGGUAGGUCCGAUCGUUCGUCGCAGACUGAGGAUAAUAGGAUGAGAGCGCUGAGAGACUGCGGUGAGCAGUUUCUAUCUACCAAUCUGGGGCGUGUGCAGCAAUGUGGUAGUGUGGAGACUUCGAGAGGUGAUGUCGGCGCGGUGGACGAUGAAACACUGACCAGCGGGGAAUCCGACACUACAGACUCCAAACUCGGCAGGAUGAAUGACACUCACUUCCGCACCAAUCCCAAGCGGGCAGGCUACGCUAACAAUCACAAGCAGUAUCCGUGUAAUAAUACUGGGCACCACAACACGGCGCAUGGCACUCAGGCAUACUCACAAGCCCUACAGCAACAUGGACACCAUGUAGGUGACAAGCACAGGCAUGGUGUGAAAUAUAAUAGCAGCACGAACCACCGUUGUAGCAACACGAAUUAGAAUAAUCUGAUUGACAAAGUACAGUAAAUAAAUAUUAGUAGUAUCAGUCGAGCA